AUGCGAAAAGAAAUAUUCAACUGGUUUAUUACAAUUAUUUCUCUCCAUCACAUCCAUGGACAUGGACGAAUGGAAGAUCCACCGGCUCGAAAUGCUGCAUGGCGUUAUGGUUUUAAUGUUCCUGCUAAUUAUGAUGAUGUUGGAUUAAAUUGUGGUGGAUUAAGUAUUCAAAAAGCAAAUGAUGGCAAAUGCGGUGUUUGUGGUGAUUCUUAUGUGGGUCCUCGAGAUCAUGAAGCAGGUGGCAGAUAUGCGACGAAUAUAAUUGUUCGAAAUUAUGAACCGAAUUCAUUGAUCGAUGUCAAAAUUUUAUUAACAGCUAAUCAUGUUGGAUUUAUGGAAUUUCGUUUAUGUUCAUUAGUGAAUUCGAAUAGCGAAUUAACACAAGAAUGUUUAGAUCAAAAUUUACUUUUUAUCGAAGGUUUUGGUACACAAUAUCCUGUUAAUGAAGGAAUCGAUUCGAUUAUUUUAAGACUUCAUAUACCUUCGGGUUUGCAAUGUCCUCAUUGUGUAUUACAAUGGCGUUAUCAUGCUGGAAAUAGUUGGGGUACAGACGGUGUUACAGGAAAAUCAUGUCUUGGCUGUGGUCAUCAAGAAGAAUUUUAUAAUUGUGCUGAUAUUAGUAUUGCUCCUAAAGACGAUAAUAAUAAUAAUAAUAAUUUAUUAUUACCUUUAUCUACUACAAGCACUUCAACAGAAACACCGUUAUUUCUUUUACCAUUUCUUGAUUCAAAUAUGAUAUCUUCUGAAAAUGAAUAUAUACCGAUAUUUACUUAUCCUACGACGACUGAAUCAGCAACAACAACAACAACAAUUAUGAAUAUUAUUUAUCCAUAUCAAUCAUCGGAUGAAUUAAUUAAUCAUUUUAAUAAAAAAAAUAAAACAUUUCGUUGUUAUCCGACUAAUGAAGUUCUUAAACCAUUAAUUGGUAUUGAAAAUUGGUGUUUACAAAUAUGUGCUGUAAAUUGUCCACCGACAUUAUGUGCUUGCGUUCAAAUUUAA